UCGAACUACAAACUUUAGGAGGUGAAGGCUGGUUUGGAAUGGGAUUUGAUCCAUCCGAUAACGGUAUGAAAGGAGCGGAAUUUAUCAUAGGCAUUGUUAAAGAUAAUAAGGUUGAAUUAUCAAAUUAUCGUGCCGCUGAGGCCGGAUAUCAUCCACCUAUAAGAGAAACCUCUGAAGGUCUUGAAAUUAAAAACCCAAAUACAUCAUCAUCUUCUGGUGGCAUUACGACAAUUGAAUUUAGUAGACCUUUAAACCCAUCAGGUCGAAAACAAAUCAAGCGCGGAAAGAUGAAAUAUAUUAUGGCUUACAAUCCAUCAAGCAGCGGAUUUAGUUAUCAUGGAAAUAACCGUCAAUUGGUAUCAAUUAAUUUCUUUACGAACGAAUUUUCUGCAUCAAAUAUCGAAGGAAUACAAAAGACAACGCGACUUUUCCAUGGAAUAGGAAUGAUUUUAACGUGGUGUCUGUUAUUUCCGAUAUCAAUUUACAUUGUUCGAUUUCUUAAACACACCAACAAUUACUUAAAAAUUCAUCGUUUCAUACAAGUGCUUGGAGGUAUUUCAGUAUCUACAUUCGGUGCUGCAGCAAUAGCUACCGUGACAGAAACUAAAACUCCGCACGCAUGGGCGGGUUUAAUCAUAUAUUCUCUUGUAUUUGUCCAAUUGGGUUUGGGGUUGGCGGCUAUUUGGGGACAAGCUGCUGUUGUCUCGGUUAAUCAAGGAUAUCCAAGACUUGCCAAAAGAGUCCAUCAAAUUUUUGGUGCUAGCUUACUUUUGUUUGCUUGUAAAUCAACGUAUUGGAUUGUUGCUUAUUCGAUAUGGAUAUUUAUGUUAAUAAUUACAUUUGUUAUGGGGGAACUAUGGAGGAGAAUGGAAGGGGUAAUUAAAAUAUGUAAUACAGAAGAAGCUAAAGUGGAUGAAAGAAAAUCCAUGUUACAUGGGUAUAUUGAUCACGAAGAUUAUAACAGGCUUCCGGAAUUUACUUGGGAAGAAAUAAAUGAUCGCGUUCAUUCUGGCGCAUACUUGGUUGUAUGUGAUGGAUUGGUAAUUGAUAUUAGAAAAUGGAUUGGAGUUCAUCCGGGUGAUUUUUAUAAUACACAUCAAGAAAAUGAUAUCAAAGAAGAUGUAAUGACAGCAGAUACACCAUUGUUAUCAACUUAUAAAACCAAUAAUAACAGCUCAUCAAUUCUUAAUAAGUAUAGUUCUAUUUUAAAAGGAGAUGGUCCAAACAAAGGUUCCGGUAUAUUGAAGAAUAAAAACGUGGCUAAUGCAGUUGAUAAUCUUAAUAUAAAGUAUUUUUCAAAAUCGCCAUUAGCUAGUCACAGACAUAGUGUAUUUGCAACAAGAAAAUUGGCAAAUAUGACUAUAGGUAAAUUAAAUGAAAACUCUUCAGAAAAGGUAGUUUCACCAAGUUCACCAACAUUUGGACCUAAUAGAGAUACUAAACGCAGAGAUACUAGAUUUUUUGAUGAUGAAUUUGCGACGACCCAAGAAUUAAAUCAGAGAAUUAAAUUUAGUAGAUAUAAAUUAACAAGUAAAUCAGCUGUUAGUGCUAACAAAAAAUACCCAGUUAUGAGAUUGAUAUUUACCAGAGUUCAUCAAGAUAAUAAUGAUUUAUGGAAUGAACCCUUUAUACCUGGACAAUAUAUCGAAGUACAAUCUCGUAUUAAAGGACAGGUUGUCGUUAGAAGUUAUACUCCUAUUGAAGGAAAAUUGUCAAAAUCAUUUUCUAUUUAUGUUAAAGUUUAUCCUAAUGGAUUAAUGUCAAAACAUUUGAAUGAACAAUUGAUAGGGUUCGAAAUUCAAGUUCGUGGACCCUUUGACGUUUCAGAUAGAAUUGGACUCGGUAGUUUACAAGGAGAAACAAUGAGAAGAUCUAGUAUUCUCGUGCCUCCUUCCCCCUUAUCACCAUUAAAAGGUUCUUUGCUAAAUCCAAAUAGUUUUGAUGGAUGUUGGGACGAAUUAUUCAUGAUUUGUGGAGGAACCGGUAUAACUCCAAUGUUGCAGUUAAUUAGAUAUCACCUUGCACAUAUUAACAAUAAUGAUGAAACUGGAAAAAGACAUAGAAGAAUUCAUAUGCAUUUAUUAUUUGGUAAUAGAACUAUCGAAGAUGUAAUUGAUGGUAUAAGAUUAGAAGAAUAUUCAUUUUCAAGUAGAGGAAUGCUUACAAUCAGUUACGUUCUUUCGAACCCACCCGAAGGAUGGUCAGGUUUACAAGGACAAAUUAGCCCGGGAAUAAUACGAAAAUGGUUAAGCGAAGUCAAAGCCAUACCACCAACUACACCCACAUCAUCUGUAUCACAAUUUGGAGAUAUACAUAAGUGCCAUACUUUACGUGCGCAUGGAUAUGAUUUACCUAAACAAACAACGUUAAUAUGUGACGAACCUCCACCAAUACCUGCCAAACCAUCGUUAUCAUCUCGUGAUGAUCUUCUUUCGUCGCCUAAAUAUCAAGGGUACUCUUCACCACAUCAACCAUGUCCUCAAACAAUUACGGAAGAACCAACGUCAAGAGUUAAUCUUCCACAAAUUGAAACAACACGACACAAACCUGCUCCUCUAGAUUCAAAUAGUUUGCAUUCACCAUCACAUAGAUCACCCACUUCAUAUCAUCCAUUAUAUAACCAUGAAGGGCAUGAAGAAAAUCAUGAGAAAAUGCGAGGUUCGACUUCUAAUGCUAUAAUGAAUUUGUCAAACUUUAAAAUUAUAGUGUGUGGUCCACCGGGAAUGAUAACGAUUGUUGAGCAAACAUUAUCUGAAAUGGUGUAUUAA